UUCAAACGAUGGAGGGUCAAUUUCAGAGACAAUAAGAGAAGAAUAUUGAAAAUCAUGCAAAAUGAGGGAUUCCCACGAUUCUAAUUCAUCACCUGCUCACCAAAAAUCAAUUUAAAAGAAAGAAACAAGUUUACUCCAGCAUUACCUUAACAAAGUUCAUUGUCGGAAAAUAAUGAGAGCAUCUGUGGACAGCAUUUCUAAACUUCUUUAUAUCACCAUUUUGUUGCUGAUCAUAACGAUUUCCACUGCAGUAGACAUCAUAAAUACAACUCAAUCUAUCAAAGAUGGAGACAGUAUGGCCUCUGCUGAUGGAAGCUUUAAAAUGGGAUUUUUCAGCCCAGGAAGCUCCAAAAACCGAUACUUGGGAAUAUGGUACAACAAAGUAUCUGUCAUGACUGUAGUUUGGGUUGCCAACAGGGAAACCCCCCUCACCAAUUCAUCAGGUGUAUUAAAGAUUACAGGCGAGGGGAUUCUAGAACUUCUCAAUCAAAAUGGGAGCAUCAUUUGGUCUACAAACUCAUCAGGGUCUGCAAGAAAUCCAGUUGCACAGCUUUUGGAUUCAGGAAAUCUUGUUGUCAAAGAAGACGGCGAUGAUGACCUGGAAAACUCCUUGUGGCAAAGUUUUGAUUAUCCGUGUGAUACACUCCUGCCAGGGAUGAAGAUGGGGAGGGAUUUAAUAACAGGCUUUGAUCGGUACUUGUCAUCAUGGAAGUCACCUGAUGAUCCAUCCAGAGGUAACUUUACUUUUAGAAAUGAUCCUAGUGGACAUCCUGAGCAAAUUCUGACAGAGAAUUCAAUUGUGCGGUAUCGGUCUGGACCCUGGAAUGGUCUCCGUUUCAGUGGGGUCCCUGAAUUACGGCCAAACACUCUAUACAAAUUUGAGUUUGUUUUUAAUGACAAGGAAAUAUAUUACAGAUACCAGCUUCUUAACAACUCGAUUCUUUCAAGGCUAGUGCUAACUGAAAAUGGCAAUCUCCAGCGUUUUACCUGGACCGAUCAAACAGAUGUUUGGGCGUUUUAUCUGGCACUAUUUGAUGAUUAUUGUAGCCGAUAUGCAUUGUGCGGUGCAUAUGGGAGCUGUGAUAUUACCAGCUCCCCUGUAUGUGGUUGCUUGAAAGGGUUUCUACCAAAAGUUCCAAAAGAUUGGGACAUGGUGGAUUGGUCAGAUGGUUGUGCUAGAAGGACAGCAUUAAAUUGCUCAGGAGAUGGGUUUCAAAAGUACUCUGGUGUAAAGUUGCCAGAUAUAAGAAAAUCCUGGCUUAACAAGAACAUGAAUCUUGAGGAGUGCAAGAGCAUGUGUAUGAAGAACUGCUCAUGUACAGCUUAUGCAAAUUUGGACAUCAGGGAAGGAGGAAGUGGCUGCUUGCUCUGGUUCAGUGAGCUGAUUGAUAUGAGACAAUUGAAUGAAAAUGGGCAAGACAUUUAUAUAAGGAUGGCUGCAUCAGAACUAGAUCAUGAUGUUGAUGUGAGGAUUGACUCCAAAUCCAAUAAAGCAAAACAAAUGAGGAUCAUAGUAAUCUCUGUGGUAACUACAGGAAUGCUGCUACUUGGUCUAGUCAUGGUCCUGAUUUUAUGGAAAAAGAAGCAGAAGAAAGGAAGUAAGUUGUUCAAUCUACAGAAAUUAACUAUUUUCCUUUCCCACUGUUAUUUUUCUACACUGAACUGUGAUCUGUAGUCAUCCGAGGGACAAAUCACAAUCAUUAUUAUACUCGAAUGACAAUGAAAUGCAAGUUCAUCAAAAAAUACAGAUUGAUCGUUUCUUUCCUCUA